AGCUAGUUGCAAUAUACUACCUGAGACCGUUACAAUUUUACAUGCAAGGCAUCCGCUCCCGUGAUGCGCCCGCGCGACUUAGUUGCCGCUCGGGCACUCUCAGCAGUCCCUCCUAUCCAGCAGUCCAGAACUCACCUUUCCGGCUUGGUAACGACGAAGCUGUGGGCGGCCGUCUGGCCGUGCUCGUCACUUAGCUGCAUAACUCGCGCUGCGUGCUUGCGGCUCCAACAUGGCGUUAGAGCCUGGUGCACUUUUCCUCUUCUUCUUCUUGGCCUCCUCCGGGCUCCCAGUCCCUCCUCCGCCUUCCUCAGGGUCUUCCUCUGCUCCCUCACGCUCCAGGUCAAUCGAAAGCCUAUACUCAACCGGUCUCCCAAGGCUCGUGAGCCAGGUGACUAUCCGCGCUGCGCUAGAGCAAUUCCAAGCACCUUCAUUAUGUAGGUUGUGCCUGUCUCUGAGCUGGGGUCUCACGUCCUUCAGUUCUUGAUCUUGGCAUCUAAGUACCAGGUGGGUCACCGUCUCCGGGGCUCUCCCGCAGUGGCAGAGCGGCAUAACGGCAUAGGCACUCCAAAGACCCGCCUGUUAAGGGAGGAAGUCUUUUAGGCCAAUUGCUCCUAUGCGAACCUAUAAUAGCAGCGAGCGCUUCGCCUUAGUUAAAGGCUAAGAAAUAUAAAAAGAUAA